AUUUUCCGAGAAACAAAAGUGAAACCAACACAGGGCAGAGGCUGGAAGGCAAGCGGCCAUGGCCGGCGCGUAUUCUUAUCCUCUGCUCGUUGAGCUCGAACAAACCGACACACAAAGAUUAAAAACUAAAUUAGUCAAAUACUUUCAAAGCAAGAAAUCUAACGGGGGUGACUGUGAGGUUGAGUAUGAGAACGGCAGCAGGACGGCGUUGCUGCGCUUCCGCUCAGAGAAGGUCCGGCAAAAUGUUUUGGCCAAAGAGGCGCAUCAGAUCACCUUGGAUAAAAGCGUCCUGAGGAUGACAGUUCGCUUACCUUCAGACGAGAAAACAGAAAAGGAAGCUCCAUCUGAUAAACUCAACAAGAAAUCGGAAGUUGCUGGGAACAGCAAACAGUCCAGUGCUGAUGAACUCACACCUGCAGCUGAAGCUCAGACAAAGGCAGAAGGCAGAGAUGAUGAUAGAGCAGACGAAGAGCUGUGCUCUACCUCAGCUGUUUUAGAAAAUAUUCCAGAGUCGUUGAACCAGGAGUUUUUGGAGAUGCUGGUGGAGAAUGUUUUAAAGGAUUCUGAGUCUUCAGCUGCCUCCGAAAGAUUCACUUUGGAAGUCAUUCCUGGCAGCUCCUCUGCUGUGGUGACUUUCCAGAGUGGAAAAGAAAACACUGACUUCAUGACAAGAUGCCCUCAAAACAGGAUGUUCGCAAAUAAGGGAUUGUCAGUCCGGGCUCUUGAAGUCACAGAGUGUGUUGUAGUUGAAGACAUACAAAAUUUGAGUGGAGAUCACCUCUUCUUGUAUUUUGAGAAUGAGUUUGGGAAUGUGGAAAAUGUCACGCCGAAUGAAGUGGAACAGUCGGCCAUCAUCACCUUUAAAGACCAGAAAGCUGUCCAGAAAAUCAUGAAGAAGAAGCAUCACAUCAAACAGCAAGAGAUCAGAGUUUAUCCUUUCUAUAAAUCCUUGGGAACAGCCCUGUAUGGCAAAUACAAGCCUUCACUAAAACUCCCUGCUGCUAUCUCUGAACCCAUUGACAGUGCAAUCUGGAGAUACCUAAAGGACAAUCACUCAGCAGCAGAGACCAUUCACAGUGACUUAGCUAAACACUUCUGUAAUGUAAACCUCAACCAGUCUACUGUGCACUUGAGCCCAGUAUCUUCACUACUUCAGCAAAAGGAUGCCAAAGCCGUCAUCAAAGUGUGGGGGGAUACUGUGAAGUCAGCCUUUGCACAAGCUAUGUCAAAAUUCAGAUCUGUGAAGUUUCAGCCAGAGCCAGAUGUAUGGGAAGAGUCUGAGAAGAACUUCAGACAGAUGCUUCAGAACAAGGAUGUGGUUGUAGUGCCUGAUAAAGCCAGUGGUGUCUUAUCAGUGGUCGGCUUUGUGGAUGAUGUCGACAAGCUUGAGCAAAAACUUGAUGAAGUCAUGAGCAGUGUUGUCACAAGGGUGCAGAGGGAGAAAUCGAGCAUAACCCAAGUGAUCAAAGUGCAACCAUCGAUUUUCCACAUUCUGAAUCAACAUGGUCUUCAGGACAAGUUGCUACAUGUGUACCCCGAGCUCAAAAUGUCAUUCAAGAAAGAGAAUUCGGAUUUGACAGUAACUGGCUUAAGGGAGGAGAUUUUGGCAGUAAGAAAUGCCAUAUUUAAUGAAACGUUUGCAUUAAAAAGGCGGAUUUUAGAAAUGGAUAACUUUGUGCUUCACUUGUUGAAGGAUGAGGAACAAGAAGAGCUUACAAAUGCUCUCCUCACAUCCAAUGGAAUAAAUGCAGCUUUUGAGACAAAAGCACCAAGGGUUCAGCUCCUUGCUGUUUCUGAUAUAGAUCUGAAUGAUGCUGAAGACCAUCUGACAAAGCUGCUAAUGUCUCAAUACAUUGAUGUUGAAGAUAGUAAUGUACUGAAGAAGCCAGAGUGGCAAAAUCUGGUCUGUCAGUUAGAGAAGGCCAACAGUAAGCCAUGCAGGAGACUUCUAAUCCACACCACUGGGCAACAAGUUGUGGUGUCUGGCCAUAAGGAUAGUGUCCUAAAAGUCAGCAGUGAGCUUGAUGACUUCUUAAAGCAGAAUGCUCACAUUGAUGAAACUGUUGUUGUCAAGCCUAACGCCAUACUUGAAUAUGUUAAAAAACUCAAAGCAUCUUCUUUGAAGCAAGUGGAAGACAACGUGGCGGUGUCUUACACAAAGGAGGCCAUCUGUCUAAGUGGUUCUAGAGUUAAUGUCACAGAUGGCAAGACCUUGGUUGAAGACUUGGUCUCUUCUGUGGUCUUUGAUAGUUUAAAAGUGAGCAAGCCUGGAAUGAAGAAGUUAUUCCAGGAUCAAGAAGCUAUGUAUGUUUCCUCACUGCUGAAUGAAACUGGCUGCUUGGUCCAGCUGGUUGAUGGCACUAAUGGUGGACAGGAUGACUUAGCCCACAGCUGGGUUCCAAAGCCUGUUUAUCAGCUUCAGACAGCUGAUGGAGUGGAAAUAGCUGUUUGCAAGGCAGAUAUGUGCAGUUACCCAGUGCAUGCAGUUGUCAGUUCUUCUAACUGCGACUUGAAACCUAAUGGAGGUCUUGCUGGAGCACUUUCGAAUGCUGCUGGCCCUCAGAUGCAGGCUGAAUGUGACAAAAUAAUUAACUUGAAGGGACUGCUCAAGCCUGGAGACUGCGUCAUAACCGAUGCAGGGGGUCAGCUUUGUUGCAAAAAAGUUAUCCAUGCAGUGGGACCUAAGUUUGAUCCAUCUAAACCCCAGAAGGCUGCGGCACAUUUGAAAAAAGCUGUUAAAGAAAGCUUAGAACUUGCUGAAAAGCACGGGUGCACCUCUGUGGCUCUUCCCACCAUCAGCAGAAACCAAGGCUUACCUCUCGAUUUGUGUUCAGAGAGCAUCAUCAGAGCAGUAAAGGAACACUGUGAUGAGAAGUAUGAUGACAACACCCUGCAGAAGAUCCAUUUGGUGAAUAAUGACGACGCUGCUGUUAAGGCUAUGGAGGCAGCUGUAAGAGAACAGUUUGGAAAUCAUGGGGUCAGUCAUUCUCAACAAGCUCUUCCUACCAAAGCCACCAAGUUUCCACUUGGGAAACAUGCCAGAUCUGCUGGAUCUGAUUCCACCUGCUUGGGUCAUGUCAAGACCAACGAGGGCUUAGAUAUCACUGUUAUCAAAGGGAAGAUCGAGGGUGCCACGACGGACGUGGUCGUGAAUACUGUGUUUGAAGAUCUUGCGCUGAACAAAGGGGCAGUUUCAAAUGCCAUCUUGGCUGUGGCCGGACCCAAACUUCAGCUACUGGUAAAUUCAAAGAAAGCUAGUGGAAACACUGGUGAGGUCAUUGUCACUGACGGCUGCAAGCUGAAGAGCAAGAAAGUCUUUCAUGCAGUUGCACCUCAUUGGGACAAUGGACAAGGCACAGCUGAAAAGACCUUGAGUUCCAUUUUCAAGGACUGUUUGGACAAGGCAGAGGAUACUGGUCUGACUUCCAUAUCCUUCCCCGCCAUUGGCACUGGAAACCUGGGUUUCCCACGAGACCUUGUAGCCUCUCUGAUACUGAAUGAAAUCUCAGAGUUUAGCAAGAACAAACAACCUAAGCACCUGAAGAAGGUUGUUAUCGUCCUUUACUCAGGAGAUGCACCGACUAUCCAGGUUUUCAGUGAUGUAUUUAAGAAGGAGUUCCCCAGUGCCUCAGGCGGUCCAGUGUCCACCAGUUCCGCACAAAGUUCAGCUCCUUUCUCCAAAGUUGUCUCGGGCUCAGGGAUGUAUGAGACCAAAAUGGGAAAAGUGGCUAUACAGGUGGUCACAGGAGACAUAACCAAGGAGACCACUGAUGUCAUUGUCAACUCCUCUAAUGAAACUUUCACUCUUAAGUCAGGAGUAUCCAAGGCUAUUCUGGAGGCAGCUGGUCAGGCUGUUGAAACUGAAUGCCAAAACCUUGGCUCUGAGCCCAACCCAGGCAUGAUAAUGACCCAGCCAGGUAACCUAAAGUGUAAGAAGAUCCUCCACCUGAUCGGAAGGACGGACCCAGUAAGAAUCAAGAAGGUUGUGAAAGAUGCUCUCCAAAUGUGUGUGAAAAGCUCAUACACUUCUGUCUCAUUUCCUGCCAUUGGCACAGGUCAAGGCAAUGUAAAGGCAAAGCAGGUGGCAGAUGCCAUGUUGGAUGCAGUGAUUGAUGUGUUGGGCCAAGACCCUUCUGGGCCCCUACAGACAGUUCGGAUAGUUAUUUUCCAACCGCCAAUGCUGAAAGAGUUCCACAACAGUAUGACUGAAAGGGAAGUCACUGAACCUAAGGAUAAAAGCGGAUUCUGGGUAAACCUCAGCUCCAAAAUCAAAUCACUCUUUGUCAGUGAAGGUGCUGACAAGCCACAGGAACAAGAAGAUUUUGUCUUUGAGGCUCUGGAUGUAGACCCAGCUUGCUUCCACAUCUGCAGUGACUCACAGGCUAAAGUAGACUCAGCCAAGCAGUGGAUCAACGACCUGAUAGCCAAGGCGCUAAACACCUACACUAUAUCAGACCUCUCCAUUCUUAGCCUCCCUGAUGCAGACCACCAGCGCAUUUUUGACAUCCAGAAGACCAUGGGUGUGAGAAUACUGACUGAAGGCAAGAACAGCCAAGCCUCAAUCAUCAUUGAGGGACUCAGCAAUGACGUACUCAAAGCCACCACUGAAAUAAAUGAAAUGCUGAGGAAGGUGAGGGAAAAGGAGGAGCUGAAGAAGAAGAUGGAGCUGGCGAAAACUAUGGUAGACUGGCAGUACCAACAGCAAGGGCUGACGUUUCAGAGUUUUGAUCUAAUGCACAACUUCCAGCUUGAGGAAGCAUUGGAAAAGAAGCUACAACAUGUAAAAGUCACAAUCAACGGUAAAGACUACACUGUCACCAUGCCAAGUGGACCGGCCACUGAUAACCAGGGACAUUCCCUGCAGAUAAAGAGAAUUGACAAGCUGAAAGAUGAAGACAUACCUGAUCACUGGGAUCCUAUGCUGGCCAGCGAUUCGUGUCUUGCUGUCACCAUCAAGGCUGGAACUGAAGAGCACACUGAAAUCCUGAAUCUGUUCCAGGCCUCGUGCAAUCGAACCGUUACUAAGAUUGAAAGGAUACAGAACCCUAUAUUAUGGAAGAGCCUACAGCUCAAGAGGCGUGACAUGGAGCAGAGAAAUGGUCACACGAAUAACGAGAGACGCCUCUUCCAUGGCACCUGCCACACCACUGUGAACCACAUCAAUGAGCACGGCUUCAACAGGAGUUUCGCAGGAAAGAAUGCUGCUUGUUAUGGCAAUGGCACAUAUUUUGCUGUCAAUGCCAAUUACUCUGCCAAUGACACCUACUCCAAGCCGAAUCAAAAUGGGGAGAAGUUCAUGUACGUCUGCCGGGUGCUGACAGGGGAUUUCACUGUUGGACAACAAAAUAUGGUUGUACCACCAGCCAAAGGCCUCGUCUCCACUCAGAAGUACGACAGCGUCGUGGACAACAUGGCCAAACCCGGCAUGUUCGUUGUCUUCCACGACAGUCAGGCUUGUCCUGAGUACUUGAUUACAUUCAAGUGACACAGCUGUGCACUGAGACAACAACAAAAACUAAUGCCUUACAUUUUUACACUGUCUUCCAAAAUUGAAUAAUUCUUUGCUUAUCAUCAGCUGAGUAAUGCUUUAGUUUACACAUAUACGUAACAGAUUGUGCUUAAAUAUACAAUGAUUCAAACAAUGGAUCAUUCUUUGCUUUAGAAGUAGUCAGUAAUGAUCACAAGGGAUCAGGUUUUAAUAAUCAGAUCUAUGUAGUGCCUUGAAAAUGUGUCUCUGAAAACACCAUAAAAUGAUCAUGCAAGAAGAAAUUUAACAGAGAAAAGACAAGGGGAGGUUUAGUAACAGAUUGUAUUGCCUGUAUGUUAUGCACUGUAUAAUUGCACUGAACACUGAGGCUGAUGGGAAUUACCUCCAGGAAAUCAUGUGACAGCAAAAGCUUGUCUGUGUAUACCUGCGCAGCUCAGGCUACCAUUCACUUGUGGCUUUGAAUGUAAAACUGAAAGUUUACUACUGUUCCUGUAAACAAGCCUGUUCAAAUAAAACUUAAUAUAAGCA